CGACGCCGUCGACCAAUUUGACUACAUCGCUCCAUUUGGCUCCGCCCGCUUUUCUCCAUCCCCGGUGACCAGCUGAUGAACCGGAAAAAAAGGAGAUUUGAGAUUUGAUAAAAUUUUCUCAAUGUCAGUACAUCAAGCCAGAAUUGUUGGACUUCCAUUAAUGAAUCUUGUCCUGCUAAGAGGACUGCCCAUCUUGCAACAGCUACAUCUAGAGGAACGGCUGCUUCGUACUUCAUCAGAUAAUUGGUGCAUCAUUAAUGAUGGAACAAAUGAUCGCAAUAUAGUGAUGGGAGUUUCCGGGAAGCCUGCUGAACUUCUCAAAAUCAGUUCUGUCUUGCAAGACAAGGUUGCAGUCAUCCGAAGGUUUACAGGAGGUGGUACUGUGAUCGUUGAUCAUGGAACAGUAUUUGUCUCCUUUAUAUGCAAUAAGGAUGCGCUUCCAGAUGUACAACCAUAUCCUAGACCCAUUAUGUGCUGGAGUAGCUUAUUAUACCAGGAAGUAUUUCAAGAUGUUGGGCAUUUCAGCCUGCGUGAGAAUGAUUAUGUCUUUGGCAACCGCAAAUUUGGCGGAAAUGCACAAUCUAUUACUAAAGCACGGUGGAUACACCAUACAUCUUUCCUAUGGGAUUAUGAUAUGAAUAACAUGGCCUAUCUCAAACUUCCAACCAGAGCACCUGAAUAUCGAAAGGCAAGGGGUCAUCUGGAUUUCUUAUGCUGUAUGAAGGAGUAUCUUCCGAGGUUGAACUUUAUAGACAGGACCGUACGUGCACUUGGCAACCAUUUCUCUUUGAAGUCAAUAAAGAUGGAGGAAAUUGAACCUGCCUCAAGCACAAUAUUCAAUCCCACAUCUAGACCACUUCGAAAGCAGGAACUUGAAGAAGCAGCACUUCUUUACAGUCUGAGAGCGUCUAUUAACCGGCAUAAUGUUAAAUCAGUAUAAUAUCCUAUAGAAACCUGAUUUCCAAGUGUAAUAGGUUUUCACAACUUGUAUCCCAAUUAUCAGAGUCCAAUUUCUUUCAUCUUAUUUCUUUCGCCAUACACUAUGAUGAGCGAAAGGUUUGCUCUAGGCUUCAGGGAUUUCAGAAAUGUCAAGUUGUAUCAUCUUUAUUCUUAAAUGUUUUGUAGUUAUGGAUCUCAUAUUUUCUCUUGUUUAUUACAACAGAAAAAGUCUUGAUGCUCUAUUACAA